ACGUUGCGUGCAAAGCCUUUGGAUCCAAACAACCAUCUAUCGUUCAUCUAUGCAUACUUAGAUCAUUUCCCGCCAACCAUCAUGUCCACCUUGACAUUCUGGAAGCCAGGAACUGCAGGACCUGGGAGCACACUUGACAGAGCAACAGAGGAGGAAGGAAAUGUCGUUCAAUCUGCGCCUUCGCAGGGUUCCCUUUCUAUACAAGCGCAGCGUGAACGAUUGCCCAUUUGGAAACACCGACAAAAACUUUUGCACUGUGUAGAGAAGUAUGGUGUCACAAUUGUCGUCGGUCAAACAGGAUCAGGGAAAACAACUCAGCUACCCCAGUAUCUCCUGGAAUCGGGAUGGGCUUCUGAAGGUAAUGUCAUUGCAUGCACCCAACCACGACGCGUCGCAGCAACGUCUGUCGCUAUCAGAGUUGCAGCCGAAGUUGGUACCCUUCUUGGGGAUGAGGUUGGAUAUACUAUUCGCUUUGAGGAUGUCAGCGACAAGGAACGAACCCGGAUAUGUUACAUGACCGAUGGCAUGCUCUUUCGAGAGACGCUAAUUGAUCCUCUUCUCUCGCGCUACAGCGUUAUUAUGAUUGACGAGGCGCACGAGCGAAGUCUCUACACAGAUCUACUGCUGGGUGUCUUAAAGAAAAUUAGACGCAAGCGCCCAUCACUUAGGCUGAUAGUGUCGUCAGCUACUUUGGACGCCAGAUCGUUCUUGGAAUACUUCACUUCGGGAACACAUCCAGACGAAGCCACCAUUGUUAGUCUGGAAGGGCGAAUGUUUCCUGUUGAGGUUGCCUACCUUCAAGAGCCCGCUCCAGACUAUGUGAGGAAGGCAGUUGAAGUUGCAUGGAAUAUUAACUUGCAGCACGGUGCCGGUGACAUUCUGAUAUUCCUGACGGGACGUGAAGAAAUAGAAAGAUGCUUAGAGGAGCUCACAGAACUUAUCCCUACACUUCCACGAGGAGCUACACAGAUAAUUCCUCUUGCCCUGCACGCUGGCUUAAGCACGGAAGAACAGCUCAGGGUUUUCAAUGUUACAGAACGAGGGACGCGGAAGGUUAUCGCCGCCACAAACAUCGCAGAAGCCAGCGUCACCAUCGACGGGGUGAAGUUUGUUGUUGACAGUGGGUUUGUAAAGAUACGGACAUAUAAUCCAACCACGUUCCUUGCCUCACUGUCGACAGUUCCAGUUUCCCAAGCAUCUGCUAUACAGAGGGCUGGUCGCGCCGGACGGACCUCACCGGGAAUUUGCUAUCGUUUAUAUCCUGAAUCCGUUUUCGCUUCUCUUCCUACCAGCACGCCGCCUGAGAUCACUCGCACUGACGUGACCACUCCGAUCCUGCAGCUGAAGUCGCUAGGUAUAGAUGAUCUUAUGAAGUUUGAAUGGGAUGGCCUCCUUACUCCGAUUGGCGAGCGAGUCGCAGAAUGCCCCAUCGAGGUCAAUAUAGCUAGAAUGCUUUUUGCUUCGAAAGAUUUCAAUUGCGGCGAAGAAAUUCUUACGAUUGCUGCUAUGGUCUCAAUACAGGAUGCAUUCGUCAUACCUGAAGGUGCUCCCGGAGCGAUUGCAGAACUGGAGAGACGAAAAUUCACAGCCGAUGAAGGGGAUCAUUUGACACUUUUGAAUGGUACGUGUUAUCUAUGUUUGACAGUUGAUUGCUUACGUUCAAUAGCAUACAAUGCCUUCACUAAAUACGCUCAUGCACUCAACUUUCGUGCCAUGUCGAGAGCGGUGUCGAUUCGGUCCCAGCUGAAGAAAUACAUGAUUCGCUUCAACUUACCAUUGCAUAGCUGCGAGGGUGACGCUAAGCGGCUUCGGCAAGUGUCUGAUGGAACGUACCGGUCGGUGAAGGGAAACAAAACCUUAUAUGUCCACCCUACAUCUGUGCUUUUCACUCGAAAGCCGCGGACUGGGUGGAUCGUCUUCCACGAAGUGGAAGAAACUAAGAGGACACAGAUACGAAUACUCUCAGAGAUCGAACCAGAUUGGCUACUUGACUAUGGGCAUAAAUACCAACAUAGGCAUGCUGCGGAUUAAUUUGGACGGGACUUGGUCCCGGUAGUCAAUCAAAUGGUGUCGUCCCACAAUUGACCUGCGGCGAGGAGACUGGUGUUCGUUUCGCCUAGAAUAUGUGGUGACAUCGCACCCAUACUGUGAGGUAGUAUUGAGGGCGUUGGGCUGGUGAGAGGUGGAGUUGUAAAUGAACAGAAUGUGCAUUCGAAAAAGUGAUCGAAACUUAAAGGCUUGCCGAUCAUGACCCGAGUUGAAAGUCCGAAACGCCAUACAAAAUAAGCUAUGUAAUACC